AUGCUGCCCUUGAAGAGCUCCGUGGUCCUCACGGCCUACAUCAUCAUCUUCCUCACCGGCCUCCCGGCCAACCUCCUGGCGCUGCGGGCCUUCGUGGGCCGCGUGCGCCAGCCCCAUCCCGCGCCCGUCCACAUCCUCCUGCUCAGCCUGACGCUGGCCGACCUCCUGCUGCUGCUGCUGCUGCCCUUCAAGAUCAUCGAGGCCGCCUACGACUUCCGCUGGCCCCUGCCCAAGAUCCUGUGCGCGCUCACGGGCUUCGGCUUCUACAGCAGCAUCUACUGCAGCACGUGGCUCCUGGCGGGCAUCAGCAUCGAGCGCUACCUGGGGGUGGCCUUCCCCGUGCAGUAUAAGCUGUCCCGCCGGCCCUUGUAUGGGAUCAUCGCCGCCGUGGUGGCCUGGAUCAUGUCCUUCGGCCACUGCACCAUCGUGAUCAUCGUGCAGUACUUGAACUCCACUGAACCAGCCAUGGAGAAGAGCGAACUCACCUGCUACGAGAACUUCACCCCCAAUCAGCUGGAGGUGGUGCUGCCCGUGCGGCUGGAGCUGUGUCUGGUGCUCUUCUUCAUCCCCAUGGUGGUCACCAUCUUCUGCUACUGGCGCUUUGUGUGGAUCAUGCUCACCCAGCCCCACGUGGGGGCCCAGCGGCGUCGCCGGGCCGUAGGGCUGGCCGUGGUGACGCUCCUCAACUUUCUGGUGUGCUUUGGCCCUUACAAUAUUUCCCACCUGGUGGGCUUCCACAUGUGGCAGAGCCCCUCUUGGCGGGCGGAAGCUGUGGUGUUCAGCUCCCUCAACGCCAGCCUGGACCCCGUCCUGUUCUACUUCUCCUCUUCGGCGGUGCGCAGGGCCUUUGGGAAAGGGCUACAGAUGCUAAGGCAUCAAGGCUCCACCCUGCUGGGAUGCUCCAGAGGCAAAGAGACAGGGGACGUGGCCAUGGAGGACAGGGGCAAGAGUCAAGCAGAAGGGGUCCCAAGUUCUGACUUCACCACCGAGUAG